GACCAUGUUGCAUGUGACCCAUCAAAUUCUGACGGUUGCACCUGCUGUGCACCACUCAAACCAACUGUCUGUUGCGAUAUCCAUAAUCCCAACUCUCUCUCUCAAAACACUACAUCUUUACCUUCUAAAAUUGUCCACUGUUCACGCACUCUCAAGUUCGACAUGGGACCACUGGAAUUCCAGCUCCAUGACACUCUGGAAGAAUGGCGAGAGUCGAUGACCAGGAGAGUAUACGGUGACUCAACACUUAAUGACUAUGGUCCUGGUGUGACAAUGCUGGACUCAGUGUUGGACCAUAUCAUUGACUGCGCUCACCAUCAUAAAUUUUUCACUACCAACGACCUACAUAAGGAGACAAAGUGGUCUGCAGUUGACCACUUUGGUAGUGAUGUCAUAGCUAUCAUUCAGUGCAUCAUACCAGUUCCUGUGCUCCAAGCUAUUUUCACUACUGCUAAGUGUCCACAACCCAAUGUCCCAUCUACUUCUCAAUCUAGUCACUCAGUAGUUGCUCGAAAGCAAGUUAGAUGUGAUGCGUGUGGCAUCGAGGGACAUACCAGUAAGUUGUCUCUACUGGCUGACAGCAGUGACUCACACCAUCAAUCAUGA